UUCUUUCUGUCCUUAUGAGAUUGGGGGUGUUUUUUCGCACGUUUCAAGUUUCUUAGUAGUUGCGGCGAGAUACACAUCUGUAUUUGGAUGUGAAACUCACUUAAUAGCUUGUAUUUUGGCACAUCUCAGAGCUAGACAAGACUAUUUAAUUUGCUAAGUCUCGCUUCUGCAGCUACAUGUAAUUUUCUUCUCCUGCUAAAAGUCCUUUGGAAACGCUGCAGAAACGUAAUGAAUAUGCAAAGCAGCCAGUUCUCAAAUCCGAAUCCGGUUUGUCUUCAGAGACUUUUCAAAACGCCCAAAGUGAUCAAGAUGUAUUAUGAAAUAAUCACUUUUACUUAAAAUACAGGAAUGUGAUGUUUCGCGCUUUCUCGUGCGUAUUCCUAAUAGAGUUGGUGACAGCUCAAAUAUAAUUUCACCUCAAAUAAAAGCCUCUAAAAAUCAGUUAGGGUUGCUCAAUCGGUUUUACUUCUAGUGCAGCCUUGAAAAGCAGGAAAACUGCAAGUAGAGUCCUUGCCCCAUGCUUACAUCCCACAGCUCCCGCGUUUUCCUUCUCCCGGUCCUUCACCCACGUCCACCACCUGCUCGCUGCAGCCAUGUAUCUUCCUGCCACCUCCGGGAAAUGUGCAGCUUUGAUCUCAGACCAGGCAGGACGGGAAGAAAUGAGUGUUUUCCCGUGGUUAAUGAUACUGAGCCGGGCUGCCUCCGCUGCCGGCUAUCUUGAUAGAGGGAGCUGGUUGCAGGAAUAGGUUGUGAUUCCUGCUCUGGUUGUUUACAAAUAUUUAGUCGUGCUCUGUGGUGUUCUUGUGGUUUUUGUUUUCCUUUUUCCUAGGAGUUAUGUUUGUGGUCAGAGUUAAGGUGACAUCCAGCGUUUGGAGAGGAGGGCUCGGCAUAUGGGGUGAUAGGCUGUGGAUGUGAAUGAGGUCAGCUAGCUUACCUCCUUUCCCAGAUUUGUCGGCUGUGAGCUGAGGCGAGCCGGUGGAGCGGACUGGUAAUGUCUAGAAAAGCAGUGGAGCUGUUGGUGUGGUGAGGCUCUCUCGGAAAGGGAAGGGAGCCUUCCCAUUGUUAAGGUUUAGAAAUACUUGGGAUGUCAUUGAGGUUUUGUUAUCCGUGAUGGCGUCAGCUCUACCCAGAACCCUUGGGGAAUUGCAGCUGUAUCGAAUACUACAAAAAGCAAAUCUCCUAUUCUACUUCGAUGCCUUCAUUCAGCAGGGUGGUGAUGAUGUCCAGCAGCUCUGUGAAGCAGGUGAAGAGGAGUUUUUGGAGAUAAUGGCUCUUGUAGGCAUGGCUAGCAAGCCUCUUCACGUCCGAAGGCUGCAGAAGGCUUUGAGGGACUGGGUCACAAACCCUGGUCUUUUUAACCAGCCUCUCACCUCCUUACCGGUCAGCAGCAUUCCAAUCUAUAAGUUGCCAGAAGGGUCUCCUGCGUGGCUGGGGAUAUCCUGCAGCAGUUAUGAAAGGAACAGCAGCACCAGGGAGCCUCACCUGAAGAUUCCAAAGUGUGCUGCCACGACGUGUGUGCAAAGUGUGGGUGCAAGCAAAUCCGAUGUGGUGGGGAACUUGCCACUGCAGAGCGGCAGCGAGCCGAGGCUCUGGCAAGGACACCACACCACAGAGAGUGAACAUAGUCUUUCUCCAGCUGACCUUGGCUCUCCAGCUUCACCAAAGGAAAACAGUGAGACCCUGGAUGCUGCUGCUGCUCUGUCAGUUGCUGAAUGCGUAGAACGUAUGGUUCCCUCCCUGCCCAAAAGUGACUCGAACGAAGUCAAGGAGUUACUGAAAACAAAUAAGAAACUGGCAAAGAUGAUUGGUCACAUCUUUGAGAUGAGUGAUGAGGACCCUCACAAAGAGGAGGAGAUCCGGAAGUACAGUGCAAUAUAUGGCAGAUUCGACUCAAAAAGAAAGGAUGGCAAGCAUCUCACCCUCCACGAGCUAACAGUUAAUGAAGCAGCCGCUCAGCUGUGUGUAAAAGAUAACGCCUUGUUGACCAGGAGAGAUGAACUCUUCGCACUAGCUCGGCAAAUCUCUCGAGAAGUUACAUACAAGUAUACUUACAGGACCACCAAAUCUAAAUGUGGAGAAAGGGAUGAGCUGUCACCAAAGAGAAUCAAGAUAGAGGAUGGUUAUCCUGAUUUCCAGGACACGGUCCAGACACUCUAUCAGCAAGACAAAAUGCCACUUGCUUUGGCUAAAGGGAAGAAUGAAGACUCAACAGCUCUUAAUUCCCAGUCAGAAAAGGUGAUGGCAAAACAGAUGGAAUUUCUUUGCAACCAGGCUGCAUUAGAGAGACGUCUUUCCACAGGGUGUUACAGGCAAAACUCAGAAGAGCACAGCCCGAAUGGCAUGUCAUUAGAUAACACUGAUGGACAAGGUGAAAGACCGCUGAAUCUCCGAAUGUCCAGUCUGCCAAGUAGACAGUUGCAGCACAUUUCACUUGAUGGAGAGCAGCAUGUUGGAAAACCUCUGUGCGGUGAUCUGAUACGGCUUUACCCCAGUGGUGAGGCAAAGUCCCAGUCUUCAGAAGGUCUUGGUAUUUUAAAGGAUUUUCCUCAUUCGGCUUUUAACAACAUAGAAAGGAAGGUCAUAAAAACAGAACCUGAAGACACAAGAUAGUCAUUCUGCUCUGGAAAAUGGUGUCGUAAUAACGAAUGAAACUUCACAAGAGAAAAAAACCAGCCUUAAUAACCAGUGUUGCCUCAUUCAAAUACGAGAUUUCAAUAGCCAAAGCCUAAGAACUGGUACAGUAAUGUGUGGAAACAGGAAAGCAAGAGACACUGCAAACUAAAACAGUAAUACAGGUGGAUAAACAUUCCUGUAAAAGUGGUUUUAUAACAUGGGAAGAUUCACAAAUUAAUAUUGUGGGUCUUCAUUAUUUAAGAAUGUAUUAUGUAUUUGUAUAACUUAUCAAAGUAAAUCUAGAUGUUGGGACGUGUAUUGAGUCCAGUAGAUGUGGCUACAGUUCAUUUUACUUGAAAUUUCAAUGUCUAUUUUAAGUGUACCUAGCGUAGAUAUGGUUGUUAAACAUUUGAAUUAAAAUUCAUUGGAGAAUUAGGAAUGCGAACCUUGUGACACAAUUAACAGCAAGUUUGCAACAAUAGUGUAGAAAAAGGAAAAUGCAUAAAAUAUUUCAUGGUUUAAAAUGUUAUGUGGAUAUAGCAUUUGAUAGACCUAGACCCUGAUUCUGUAUUAUAGCGGACGUACUUGACACUUAACUAUUGUUACAUCACUUUCAAUGGUUUCAGCAGCCUUUGUGUAACACACUUACAGCAUAAUACUUACCUACAGCUCAGGAGUGUAGAGAAUGCCAGUUGGAAGAGGCCAUAUGAUUGGCUCCCAUUUCCUUGGGGGGAAAAAAACUAUGGUUUGAUAAUACUGUACAAUUACUGAAAUCUCAGCUGGUGGGAAACCCAAGAGACAAUGUAGCAUGGACAGGGCUGCAAAAAUUGUGAUUCAGACCAUUAUAACUUUUUGGACUUCUCUGUGGAUCUUUCAAAAACAAAAAGCAUCCUAGGUGUGGCAGAGAUGAAGUAUGGUGCAUGAUUUAUGCAUUGAUGUAAAAGGUUGCACUUGAUAUCCAGAAACCAUAAAAUCUUUUGGAGGAGAAGACGAGGAGUUACAUCUUUAGCGUGUGACUCCUAAUUAAGUGCUGUCCAGCCCACAUGAUUCUAUGAAUAUACCGUAUACUGCAUACAGUAUGCCAAUACGUUUCUUUAUAUAUGUGAUUAAUUAACAUCUGUAUUCUUUAUUUAUUUGACAGUUUUUAUUUUUUGUACAUUUUCACUUUUGCAGAUGUCAUUUUAUCUAAGGAGAAAUAGUCGGCAUAUAACUUUGGAAUUUACCAUGGCGUGUUUGUGUGCAUCCGUUUUCCCUCUGUGCAACUCCCUCAAUAAGAGUUGCUUUCCAGCAGUCAAAACAGUUAUAUGCCUCAGUUUCUGAAUACAGUUUUUGCUUACAACAUGUUCUGGAGGGGAAAGGGAGGGCUGAAGACAGUAAGUUACCGUGCCAGCAGGUAAACUUCCAUAUUCAGGUGUGCACUUCAUGUCUGCAGUUUGCUCUGUGUCAUAGAUGUGUAUUAACGAUUCAGUCACAGUCUGUGUUGUACUGAAACAGUCAGCAAAAUGUGAGCUGAAAUGUCUACACUGCAGUCUCUUAUCACUGUAAACAUAUCUAAUUAUUUUAUCACUUGAUUUGUGGAACAAAGCUUUAUAGUAGAAACACCAGUAAACAACUUUUUAUACUAUUCAAAUGUUUGUUUUUUUAAAAAAUGUUUCUUGAACUGUAUGGUACUGUUUCACUUACUGAAGUAUCUUUAAGCAAUGGAGUUCGCAGCUUUGCUGUUAGAAAUAAGAGACUGAAUGUGUAGUUAUAUUUCCUCUUUCCUGUUGUGUGAGCUAGUGAUGCAGAUAAGAUUGUAACGUUAGCCAGUGCCCUGGUUAGUAUCUGAGUAGCUUUCAUGAGACAUGUAUGGAACUUGUUAAAGGACAGCUUAAGGUUUGAACUGUACAGCUGGUGUGAUAGAAGGUACCAAGCAACAAAACUUUAGAGAUGCAGAAAAUGUUCUGGUUUUUCAACACCUGGCACAAUCAACAGUUGUAUGGAUCGCAGAAGAAGCUCUUAAGCUUGCUGGUCUCUUCGAUUAAAGUGAGAGGAAGAAAAAAGAACUUGCUAAGCAGCACGCUGUUUCAGUUGAGUCCAGAAUUUAUUUUGUAAACACUAAUGUAUUAAAUUUGCUAUAAAUUAAAGUAUAUAACAGUUAUAUUUUUGAGUUGUAAAUACAGUACUUUGUGUCACGACCAGUUGGUUCUCUCCAGGGUGAUAUUUCAGUCUAUAGUCCAACAGGCCAUUUCAGUCUCAAUAAGCUGGAAGCAAUUUUUUUUACUGGUUUGCAGCUGUAUGAUAAUUACUUUUUUUUAACUGGGGGGGGGUGGGAGGUGCAUUCCGAGUUUGCACAUACAUUUGGUAAUAGCAAAUACUCAAGCAUUGGUCUUUCCAUGACAGAGGUCUUGGUGGACUGCAACUGGGCUUAGCCUCUGGAGCCGCAGGUGAAGGCUUGCCAUCAUCUGCUCUGGAAGGGUUGGUAGAUUCAGGGUACCCUGGAUCAAAGGCCAGCCCUGCAGAUGAUGCCUGUUCUUAUUCACAUGUUUAUAUUGUUGCUUACAAAAUAAAAUUCACCGUGAGAACUC